UCUAGUUCCGCAUCUUGAAAAUGCCAUGGCCACUCUGGCUAGAGCCAGAUGUGCUUUGAAAGUGUGCCGGAGCUAUGCGACAGAGGCGAGGCAGCACGCGGAGUCGAUCUCUGUCCACAAGGGUCUCAAAAUCCAGGGUGCUCUUUGCGUGGAGCGGCCUCCGCUACAAAUUGUAGAGCCAGACUACAAGCAGAAGUGGCGAGCUUUCAAAGAGGCUUGGGAUUUGCGGACAGGCAAUCAUUUAACUUUGGAAGAUGAAAUUGUGUUCAUGCGAUUCCACUUCCAUUUUUUUCAGGACAAGACCGCCACACAAGCCCUUGCUUCUGGUGAAGCCCCGGCCCUGCUCAGAAGUCUGUCAAGAAGUGGCGCUGGAGGAGGGGGCCGCAAGCGACGCGGUGGUACAUCAAAGUUAGCAUCUGGUAGCGCAAGCACUGACACCUUAGUGUCUGCGAUGAGUGCCAGAGCUCCAGGAGGGUUGGAUUUGGUCAUGGGAGAGGAGGGCCUUGACUUGGCAUUCCCCGAACUUGGGCCGAAGACCAUUCAAAGGAAGAAGGUGGAGAGAAAAAAGGAGGAGAAGGUGGAUGACUCUGACCGGCGUGCUCUCAGGCGCUUGAAGAGCCGCUCCUUGUUUUUAUUGGUUCGCUACAACAACGCAAAGCACUGGACCUUCCCAAAGGCGGACAGGCUUCAAGACCAGGGAAUGCGAGAAACUUUGUUGGGAUUGGCAGAGCCACAGCUAGGGGCAGACUUCCGGCCCUAUCUUGUUGGUGCUUGCCCGUUCUCCUACAGAAAGCGCUUCAGCAACUAUCACCCAGGGAUCCAGGGCCGGAAGAUUUUUUACUACCGUGCGCGUCUGGUGCCCAACUCCGAGGUAGUUCUGCCAGAUCAGACGCCCGUGUCUGACUGGGCCUGGUGCUGUCGUGAGGAGUUGGAGGAUUGUCUUGAUGAGGGUGAAUGGCAAGUCGUGCGACACUCGCUUCCUCUUGAUGAUUUGUCUCACCUCCUGUCGGACAACUGACAUCGGAUUGCCAAAAUG